AUGGGACGUUUCAGAGGCGCUACAUUUUUGAUCGUGGGAGGUGGCCUUUGCUUUGCCCCAAGCUUUGUGCCACUUGUCUCCUCCAGCUACCGCAGCUACAGAUUGCCCAGUGGACAAUCCGCUCGGGCGCAAGAUGGACCAUCGACUUUCCCAGGUGCUGGUGUGCCUUUGGCAUUGGUGGGAACAGCUGCCUUGAUGGCAGCCUUGUCCUCAAUCGGCGAGCUUUUCUCAAAGGAAGCAAAAACAAAAGGUCGAAAGACAAAGAAAGACACUUCUCAGAAGACCCAGGUAGCUCGGACGACGCAAGUAGCUCGCAGAGCGGAAGAGGCUAAGGCGGCCGAGCUUCCUUUUCGGUGUGUUUGUUGCACUUUGUCGGAAAUCUAG